AUGAAUCAAUUGCCAGAGGAAAUUAUUGCCGAAAUUUUCUCCUUUCUUCAUGCAAAGUUUGUCUUUUUGAUUACUUCGCAAGUUUGUAAGAGAUGGCUGGUUGUGAGAAGAUUAGUUCAUCUCCGAUUGAAGUUUACUUCAAAACAGGAAUUUUCUAAGUUAUUACUUGAUCAUCAGGCUGAUGAUUAUUAUUUUUCUAUUAAAAAGUUUUCGGCUGUUGGUUGUCAUUUAACAGAUAGUGAGAUUGAAAGAGUGUGUUCUUCCAUGAAUGCAAAUGCUUUGGAAUAUUUGAGUUUGAGAAGAAAUGAAUUCAGCUCGAGUGGUUUAAAGUUAAUUAUUGACAAAUUUUCAAAGUUAAAGUCUUUGGAUGUUAGAGAAUAUACGUCAAAUAUGAUUAUCAAUAUUUGUUAGAGAGCAGGGAAAGACUACCUAAUCUUGUCGAGUUGAAAGUUGAUUUUGCAUAUACUUCAUAUUUGGUAGAUAAGAUGCUUUCUAUCAAACCACAAAUUAGAUCACUGGCUAUAUACAGUGAUCGUUUUGAAAGAAUAUCACCUCUUCCCAGGUUGGAUUUUGAAAAUCUCGAAUCAUUAGAUUUAGAAGGAAAUAUCACAAUAGAAACAUCCAUUCUUCCUUUGGGAUUGAAAAAACUCUCCAUAACACACUGCUAUACUAAUAUUGAAAACUUUUCAGAAAACUUGGAGUAUUUGGCUCUUGAUGAUGUGCAAACUAAUGGAUUUGAGAAUUUUGAAAAGUGUGAAUUCAAAAAUCUAAAAUCACUUACUUUAAAUAAUAUGAGCAAACG